UCCCACUGUCACCAUGGGUAUCCGGGGACUAAUGAGUUUUGUGGAAGAUCAUCGUAACGAGUUCUUCACUGAUUUGAAGUUGCGGGACACAAAAAUUAUCAUUGAUGGCUAUGCGCUUUUCCAUCGGCUCUGCUUCAAUUCAAACUUGGAGCUCCAGUAUGGAGGGGACUAUGAUUCAUUUACAGAUGUUGUACAAGAAUUUUUUGAAUCACUGUUUGCUUGUAAUAUAUGUCCAUAUGUUGUAUUAGAUGGAGGAUGUGACAUUUCAGAUAAAAAGCUUACAACUUUAAAAGAUCGGGCUAGAGAGAAGAUCCAGAUGGCCCAUUCCCUUUCUAUUGGGGGAGGUGGGUGUGUGUGUCCUUUACUCAUCCGAGAAGUUUUCAUCCAGGUUUUGAUCAAGUUGCAGGUAUGUUUUGUCCAGUGCUUUUCAGAAGCAGAUCAGGAUAUCGUGACACUUGCUAAUCAUUGGAAUUGCCCUGUUUUAUCAUCAGACAGUGACUUUUGCAUUUUUGACCUAAAAGCUGGCUUUUGCCCCUUGAAUGGCUUUCAGUGGAGAAACAUGAACACUAUUAAAGGCACACAAAACUACUAUAUCCCUGCCACAUGCUUCUCUAUUGAUGCCUUCUGCCAUCACUUCAGCAACAUGAAUAAAGCUCUGCUACCUCUCUUUGCGGUGCUGUGCGGAAAUGACUAUAUCAAUCUGCCCAUCGUAGAGGCAUUCUUGAGUAAAAUACGUCUUCCUGUGGGAGCUACCAGUCUUAAGGGGAGGAGACAUCACCGAGUUGUGGGACUUCUGAAUUGGUUGUCUUGUUUUGAUGACCCUACUGAAGCACUAGAUAAAGUUCUAAAGUUUCUCCCAAAAAAGGAUCGAGAAAAUGUCAAGGAGCUUCUCUGCUGUUCCAUGAAACAGUACCAGCAGUCCCAUGUGAAGCUGCAGGACUUCUUCCAGCAUGGUGCUUAUGUCUGUCCAGACUCCUUGAAUCUUAGCUUACCAGAAUGGGUACUAGUGGCUUUGGCCAAAGGCCAGCUAUCUCCUUUCAUCAGUGAUGCUCUGGUGCUGAGACGGACCAUUCUCCACACACAGGUGGAAAACAUGCAGCAACCAAAUGCCCACAGGAUAGCCCAGUCCAUCCGGCAAAUCAUCUACGGGAUUCUUUUGAAUACUUGGCCGCAUCUGGAAAACACAUCCUGGAAUGUGUCAUCUCCUCAGCCUCUAGCUGUCAGCGAAGUGGAAAGGGUUCAUAAAAGUAUCAAAACAUCAAUUGUUCAAGCUGUAAAACUGCCUGAGGAUCAUUCUGAUUUAAACAAAUUGAUGGAGCUUCCUUUGGAAAAACGAGAGAUGCUUCUGUUAGAAACCCUGAAGGUGAAACGUACUAUCCUGGAUCCAAUCCCUACUUCAUUGAGGUUGCCCAUUGCUGUCAGUUGCUAUUGGUUGCAGCACGCGGAGGCCAAGGCAAAGCUGCAUCACGUACAGGCCUUACUGCUGGGGAUGCUGAUAGGGCCCUUGCAUGCCAUCAAGAGCCCUGAUAAGGAAGAUGUGAGGGAAGAUGGCGCUAAGAUGUUGUACAAAGAAUUCCACCGAGUGAGGGAGCAGGCCCGGCUGAGGAGGAGGUUGGACCUGGACACCGCACACGUCUUCUGUCAGUGGCAGUGCUGUCUGCAGAUGGUGGUCUAUCUCAACCAGUUGCUGUCUGCUCCUCUGCCAGAGCCAGACCUAACUCGAGUGUAUAGUGGAACCCUGGUACAUGGACUAUGCCAAGAGCUACGAGCAUCAACGUCUGUAGAAACUCUCCUGAGCAUGUGUCCUGAGGCAAAGCAACUCUAUGAACAUAUGUUCAAUGCCAUGCAGUUACAUGCCCCUCCUGAAUUAUUCCUACCAAAGGGUAAAUCAAAUUCAAAAAAGAAAAGGCGGAAGAAACCAAGUACCAACUGUCCAAAGAGUAGAGUGGGAACCACCUCAGGUCACAGGUGUUGGUCCAAAGGAAGCAAUCGAUUUGGGCUGUUAACGGCUGAAAACUUGGAGGAACAUACUGAGCCUCCAGAGUCUGAGUAA